AUGGCCAAUAGAAAGACUAACAACAUCUCUAAUAAGUAUGAUAUGGCCAGGGAUGAAACAACAGAGGAUAUGGCAUUGAAAUCACGGUGUUCUGGACAAUACUGCAAGUCCGUGUGGAGACAUGGCCCUGGAACUGCCGGGGAGGUCCUGGAUCUGCUGGGGAGUUCCUGGGACCUGCUGUGCGGGGUUGAACGGCUAAGACAGACGUAG